AUGGGACACAAAGGAUUUUCAGUUAUCGCCCAUGCUUCCUUCUUGGGAGUAUUUCUUCCUUUCCUCCUGCGUAGCGUCCGUGGAGAUGUGGCUUAUUCGUUCCCGGAGGAGAUGAAACGCGGCUCAGUUGUUGGAAAUUUAGCGAAAGACAUAGGACUUGAGGUGGAGAAACUGUCUUCUCGAAAGGCUCGCAUUGAUGCAGACGGGAACAGCAAACGGUAUUGUGACAUUAAUCUGAGCACGGGAGAAAUCAUUGUUGCUGAUAGAAUCGACAGAGAGGGGCUUUGUGGCAAAAAGGCAUCUUGCCUUUUGAAGCAGGAGCUUGUUUUAGAGAAUCCUUUAGAACUGCACCGCAUUAAUAUUCACGUCCAAGAUAUCAACGACAAUUCACCACAGUUUAAAAAGAACACAAUCAAAUAUGAAAUUAGAGAAUCCGCUGAUAAAGGAAGUCGCUAUCGUUUAGAUGAGGCCCAUGAUGCAGAUGUAGGUCAAAACGGCGUCCAGGGCUAUAGUAUCGAGGCAAAUGAAAACUUCAGAUUAAAUGUUGUAACAAAAGGCGGAGGUGGAAAAUAUAGUGAGUUGGUUUUAGAGAAGGAGCUGGAUAGAGAACAACAGCAAGAGCUAACGAUUGUGCUUGUGGCAACAGACGGAGGCUCUCCUCAGAGAUCAGGCACUGCGGUCGUGCACGUCACUGUAAUGGAUGCUAAUGAUAACGCCCCAGUGUUUAGCCAGGCCGUCUAUAAAGCCAGUCUACCUGAAAACUCGCCUUUAUAUACUGUGGUGGUCACAGUGAGCGCGACUGAUGCAGAUGAGGGAGUGAAUGGAGACGUGACUUAUGAAUUUGAUCACAUUUCUGAUGAGGGUAAUAACGUUUUUUCCCUCGAUCAGACAACUGGUGAAAUAACAGUAACUGGGCCAAUAGAUUAUGAGGAGUUGUCUGCCUAUGAAAUGCAGAUUACAGCUAAAGAUGGUCCUGGAUUAGUUUCCUCUUGUUCAUUAAUAAUUGACAUCACGGAUGUAAAUGACAACGCCCCUUUUACAUUCAUUAAGUCACUGACCAAUCCCAUACCAGAAGACACCCCACGUGGUACAGAGGUGGGCAUCAUUAACGUGCAAGACAGAGACUCUGAGAGUAACAGACAGGUUCGCUGCUCCAUUCAACAAAAUGUCCCUUUUAAGUUAGUUCCUUCGAUUAAAAACUAUUAUUCUCUGGUGACGACAGGACAACUGGACCGUGAGCUAGUGUCAGAUUACAACAUUACAAUCACUGCCACUGACGAGGGCUCUCCACCUCUGUCCUCGUCUAAAACUGUUCAGUUAUCUGUAGCUGACAUCAACGACAACCCACCUGUGUUUGAGGAACAGUCCUACAGCGCAUAUGUGACUGAAAAUAACAAACCUGGCUCCGCUUUAUGUACCGUUACUGCUCGAGACCCCGACUGGAGACAAAACGGCACAGUGGUUUAUUCUCUGUUACCUGGUGAGGUGAACGGUGCCUUGGUGUCCUCCUAUCUAUCAGUUAACGGAGACACGGGGGUGAUCCACGCUGUGAGGUCGUUUGAUUAUGAACAGUUCAGGAGCUUUAAAGUCCACGUGAUGGCCAGAGACAACGGUUCUCCUCCGCUCAGCAGCAACGUGACCGUCAGCGUCUUCAUAUCGGAUGUAAACGACAACUCUCCUCAGAUACUGUACCCCGCCCCGGAGGGCAACUCCUUCAUGACCGAGCUGGUCCCCAAAGCUGCACACGGAGGCUCUCUGGUGUCCAAAGUGAUCGCAGUGGACGCGGACUCCGGACAGAAUGCCUGGCUGUCCUAUCAGAUAGUCAAAUCCACUGAUCCGGGACUUUUCACAAUUGGUAUCCACAGCGGAGAGAUCAGGACACAGCGGGACAUUUCUGAAUCUGACAGCAUGAAACAGAACCUUAUUGUGGCGGUGAAAGAUAACGGACAGCCCUCUCUGUCUGCCACCUGUUCCAUGUAUUUACUUAUUUCUGAUAACUUGGCUGAGGUGCCAGAGCUGAAGGACAUUUCUUAUGAUGAGAAGAAUUCAAAACUGACCUCUUACCUGAUCAUAGCGCUGGUCUCUGUCUCCACCUUUUUCCUGACCUUCAUCAUCAUCAUCAUGGGUGUGAGGUUUUGUCGCAGGAGAAAGCCCAGAAUGUUGUUUGACGGAGCUGUCGCCAUCCCCAGUGCUUAUCUCCCUCCUGAUUAUGCGGAUGUUGACGGCACAGGAACUUUACGCAGCACUUACAAUUAUGACGCCUACCUGACAACAGGUUCCAGAACCAGUGACUUUAAGUUCGUGACGUCUUACAAUGACAACACACUGCCUGCUGACCAGACUCUGAGGAAAAGUCCUUCUGACUUUGCAGAUAUGUUUGAAGGUGUCGAUGAUUCUCCAGAGGUAGGAAUCAUUUUACUUGUCAAAAUGCAGUUAAUGUUUUCUUUUACGGCUUUCUUCUGGUCAAAAAUAUGA